AUGACGCCAGAGUCCCGCCUGGGCCAGACCACAGAACUAAUACUUGCCGAGUCUAGGCUUUGGGGAAAUGCAUCACACCUAGAUUACGUCGCGGCUGCGAUCAAAGAGCGCUAUGACGAAGACAGUGUUUAUGUGCAUUGCGCCCAAAGCAAUAGCGGACACUGGACCUAUGACGGUGUCGAGGUUGGGGGCGAGCGCCUAGCGCACGAGAUCGAAGAGACCCUGGACCAACUGGACCAAAAGGGGUUCACGAUCAAGAAAUUAAGCAUUGUCGGUUAUUCUUUCGGGGGGCUGGUGUCUCGAUAUGCAAUCGGCUUGUUGCAUGCCUCAGGGUGGCUGGACAAGGUGGAGCCGGUCAACUUCACCACCUUUGCGACUCCCCACGUGGGCGCCAGGACGCCGCUCAAGGGGACGUUGGGCGGGAUAUACAACACAUUGGGAUCAAAGACUGUUUCAAGGUCCGGUCAACAGAUGUUCAUGGUCGAUACUUUUCGGGAUACGGGUCGACCUCUGUUGAGCGUGUUGGCGGAUCCCUCAAGCAUUUUCAUUCAAGGCCUGAAGCGAUUCCGAACCCGGUCCGUUUAUGCGAAUAUUGUCAACGAUAGAACGGUGGUGUUUUAUACGUCGGCCAUCUCCAAGACCAAUCCGUUUGAAGAUCCCGAGAAGGUUAAUAUCAAGUACGUCAAGGGCUACGACGAUGUGAUAGUCGACCUGGACGAUUAUCUGCUGCCCGAUUCGCCAAAAAGGUCGGAUGCAGCGGGGUCAUCACAACUCUGGAAAGAGGUCAAGAAGCACGCCUAUCGAGUUCCUCUCUGGGUCCUCGUUGUCUUGGUGGUACCACCUGCCAUUACGAUCUUUUUCGCCAAUGCCGCGGUGCAAACCAUCCGCAGCCAACGGCGGAUUCGACUGCAUUCGGAAGGCAAAAAUGGUCUGCGCUUCGGAAGGUACAAAGUACCCUUGGUUAUGCAGAACGUUCAGCAUGUGAUGGAAGAGGCCUAUGAGAAUGUGGGCGCUCGCCAAGAGCCAUCCUACCUUUCCAGUGGAGAGGAAGACGAGCGGUCCGAGUCCACAAGCGAGAAGCAGAAAUGCCAAAGCAAUGAUCAAGACGCCCCGACUUCCAUCUCCGCACUUGACGAAAUGGCUCACGGGGACUCGCAUGAAGCGAGGCACCUUCUCGAGCAAACACCGACACUGGCACUGAAAGAAGAUCAAUUUGAUAUUAUUGAUUCACUCGAUGCCGUCGGAUUCCGAAAGUAUUGCGUCUACAUUCAUAAUCACCGACACAGUCACGCAGCGAUUAUUGUCAGAAUGCGCAAAGAGGGGUUCAACGAAGGCAAGAUGGUCAUGAAGCAUUGGCUCGAUCAUGAAUUUGAACUUUGA